UCGUAGUGUAAAGUAGUGUAACUCACAUCACUGUUUUCAUAGUUAAAUCAUUGUUAAAAAAAUGAUUACUCCUGAUAUUUCUGUAUAUCAUACUGAUCUUGCACCAGAUGGAAGUAAAAUAGGAGUCAUCAUGACUCGGCUCGAAACAAAACUUAUUGAAAUUCGUGCUUACCGAGUGAACUGGGAGUCAUACCUACAAGGUGACUUGAUUCAGAAAUCAGACUACCAAUUUAUAAAUCAUUAUUACCAACAAAACAGUCAAGAAAGAGAAAAGUUGUUUCAGCAAGAUCCCGACCAGUGCGUUCUUGCAAUAUGGUCUAUAUUAACAAAUGUAGCUAAGGAGCAUAUUCUGCAAUAUACACUUGUUAUGAUUGAUGAUAUUCUUUCCAACUCGAAAGGAAAUGCAAAGAUAUUUUAUGAAGCAGCUAAAAAAAAUUCUAUUAUUGUUUGGAGUUCCCUUAUCAAUUUACUAAUGCGCGAUGAUCAAAUAAUUAUGCAUAUGGCCAGCCGUUUAAUUGCUAAGUUUGCCAGACUUAGUAGACAUUAUAUUACAGAUUCUGAUCUUACAUAUUACAUCAAUUGGUUAAAAGUUCAAUUAGCAGUUCCAGGAAAUGAACAUUUGCAAAGCGUAGCAGAGUGUAUUCAAUGGAUAUUGCAAGUAGAUGAAUAUAGGUUGCCAUUUGUUGAAGCUAAUGGUAUUAAUAGUAUUGUAUCAGUCUUAUUGAGCAGCCUUGGUUUUCAACUUCAGUAUCAGUUGAUUUUUUCAUUAUGGAUGUUAUCAUUUCAUGUAAAGAUAGCUGGCAUCAUUGCAGACGGCAAUGUGAUUACAGUUCUAGCUGAUAUUAUGAGGAAUUCAGAGAAAGAAAAAGUUACUCGAAUUAUAAUCGCAACAUUCAGGAAUCUUCUUGAAAAAGCAGAAGAUAGCAAAGCUGCAGCAGUCUCACUUAUUCAUUGCAAACUGUUACCACUUUUUGAUAUAUUGGCUAAAAAAAAUUGGGGAGAUGAAGAUAUCAGGGAAGAUAUUGAAUUCAUCACUGAAAAACUAAAUGCAAGUGUACAAGAUCUUAGUACUUGGGAUGAGUAUGUAGCUGAAGUAAAAUCUGGAAGACUGGAGUGGAGUCCAGUUCAUCGUCAAGAAAAGUUUUGGAGAGAAAAUGCAAUUAAAAUAACUGAUGGAAACUAUGAAUUGUUGAAGAUGUUAGUGCGUUUAUUAGAGUCAAGCGAUGAUCCAGUUAUAAAAGCUGUUGCAUGUCAUGACCUCGGAGAAUUUAUUAGACAUUACCCAAGGGGAAGACCUGCGUUUGACCAGUUAGGCUGCAAAAGUUUGUUGAUGAAUUGUAUGACCCAUGAUGAUUUAAAAGUUAGAUAUGAAGCACUUAUUAGUGUUCAAAAGUUAAUGGUACAUAAUUGGGAAUUUCUUGGCAAGCAAGUCAAAAUCGAGUGAAAGCAUUUAAUUUAUUUUUUUGUAUAUUUUGAAUUGUAUUUUUAUUCGCAAAAUCUAAAAAACGUUUAAAAUGGUGAUGUUUGUCAUUUAAAAAAUGGCGAUGGUCACCAUUUUAAACGUUUCAUUUCAAGUAGAAAAAAUCUGAAAAUUCUUUUAA